GGAAGCUCCGCCCCUGCUCAGGGGUUUGCCCACGCGCGAGGAAGCCGGCCGCACAUGGACAGCACCACAGUCCCGAGCACGCGGGAAGGAAGGGUGGUCGGACCGUACCAUCCGCUUCCACGCAGUAGGAAGGAGUCGGGCCGCGUUCCGGGUUCACUACUCUCCUGUCUGGCACUGCACCGUCUGCGCAGCUUGGAGUGAGGGAGUCUGGGAUAUAUUGGAAAGACUCGUGGACUUAGGAACCAAAGAUGAGCAAAUCGGUAACUCCUUCCACAUAUGUUCGUUGCAUUGGCUAUGGACUGAUGAGGCAACUGGCUGAUUUCCUUGAUCCACAAGAAGGAUGGAAGAAGCUUGCCGUAGACAUAAAAAACCCUUCUGGUGAAAACAGAUACAAUCAAAUGCAUAUUAGGAGAUUUGAAGGAUUAAUACAAAUGGGAAAGAGCCCCACCAUGGAAUUACUUUUUGACUGGGGAACAUCCAACUGCACAGUUAGUGAUCUUGUGGAUAUAUUAAUAAAGAAUCAGCUCUUGGCACCAGCCACUCUUUUGCUUCCAGAUGAUGUUCAGGUGGCAAAUGACAUUACCUGGCAAACGACAAUACCUUUUUCUUCACAAGAAACUAUGCCUAUAUGUGGGAAGCAAGUGCCAGUGCAGGAAAAACAAGUUACAACUUUAAAGCCUGUUUUAGCUCAGGAUAAUGAGCAGCAACCUUCAGCUCCUCCCUGCUUAUAUCAAGAGAACAACAGCCCAGAGUUGAGUGACAAAGAUUUCCUCAGUUUUUGGUUUCAUGAGUUGGAAAGUAUUACAAAUAAUUUCGAUGAGCGACCUGAAUCAGCUGGAGGUAACAAACUGGGAGAGGGUGGCUUUGGAGUUGUGUUCAAAGGCUGCAUCAAUGGAAGAACUGUGGCAGUGAAAAAGCUUGCUGCUAUGGUUGAUGUUAGUAUUCAAGAUUUGAAACAGCAGUUUGAUCAAGAAAUAAAAACAUUAGCAAAGUGUCAUCAUGAAAACCUAGUAGAACUGCUGGGCUUCUCAAGUGAUGGUGAUCAACCUUGUCUUGUUUAUGAAUUCAUGCCCAAUGGUUCACUGCUUGACAGAUUAGCUUGUCUAGAUGACACAGCACCAAUUCCCUGGAGUACAAGAUGCAAAAUUUCUCAUGGUACAGCAAAUGGCAUCAACUUUUUGCAUGAAAACAAUCACAUUCACAGAGAUGUUAAAAGUGCAAAUAUCUUAUUAAAUGAGGCAUUUGUGCCAAAAAUUUCUGACUUUGGGCUUGCAAGGGCAUCGGUGAAAUUCACACAAACUAUUAUGACCGAUAGAAUUGUGGGAACAGCAGCCUACAUGGCACCUGAAGCUCUACGUGGAGAGAUAACACCCAAAGCGGAUAUUUUUAGCUUUGGUGUGGUUUUACUGGAACUAAUAACAGGGCUUUCUCCAGUGGAUGAAAACCGUGAGCCACAGUUGCUGUUAAGUAUCACAGAAGAAAUUGAAGAUGAAGAGAAGACAAUUGAAGAUUAUGUAGAUGAAAAGAUGAGUGAUUGGGAUACCACGUCAAUUAAUAAAAUGUAUACAAUUGCUAGCCAAUGUUUGAGUGAAAAAAAGAACAGAAGACCAGACAUUAAGAUGGUCCAACAGCAUCUGCAGAAGAUAAUUCCCUGACAUUUAUUUCUCAUUUGAUACAUGUUUCAUGUAUGUUCAUUUUCUAAAAUAUCAGCUUUACAUUCCAGUUGGACUCUAGCAAACAUGGACUUCUGUAUCCGGUUGGAUGUCAUGUCUGCAUUCUGAGCUUUUGUGGCUUAUAUGAAGACUAUGUUGAUGAAAAGAUGACUCCUUUGUUACCACAGCACCAUUUUUUGUGACACCGUUAAAGCCAUUUUCUCAAAUAAUUUGUGCCUUAACCAUUAAAGAGAUCUGAUAUGACUAAGACCUGGUAUCCUAACCCUCAAAGUUAUAAUACUUCACUCCCAUGAGUCUCUCUUUACUAACUUCGGAGAGCAAGAGAACUAAAAAUCUGUUUCUGGCAAUACAUGUUAUGUUGUUGCUAUACUUUCUCCACACUUCUGCAGAUCUCUGGGCAAUCAAUAUACUUGCUAUAAUAUAUCAGGAAACAGACUGACUAGGCCUUUUCUUUUUCUAAUGAAAGCAAAAGCAUUUCUAAUUGUGGAACAUGGCUUAUAUUACUCUUGUCAAGAGUUCAGGUAACUUGCAUUAAUAAUUUGUUCCAUGCAAUGUACAAUAAAAAUACUGGCAAUACCCAUUUGAACAAAUUAGUUGAGAAUGUAUUUCAGAUUCAUGCAACAUUUGGAAACACAAGCUGAUGAGUGUUUAGAUUAAUUUAAAGUUUUCUCAGGAUUAUUGGUGAUAUGGAGAUCUAAAUGGAGAUAUGCUUUCUUCACUGGAUUUUUUUUAGUAAGAAUAAAUAAGUGCGCUGCAAUGUGAAUAUAUAGCAGAGGACAGAAAUGGUAGAUGUGGGUUCUCUUCUGUCGAGUCAUGACAUGAGAAGGCAUUUAUCUUGUUUCUGUUUCCCUACUUAGGAAAAGAAAGUUUUAUCCUGCUUUUGUAAACUACUAAAAGAGCUUUGAAAAAGAUACUAUAACUAAAAUAUUACAUACAAAAAUCCAUUUGGACUGAAAAGUGUACAGUAUAGUGCUAUUUUAGGACUAAUUUGCAUUCCUUUAUUUGGGCUAAUGACAGAGUUCUUGAAAGCUGAUAGAGUGGGGUGGGAGUAUUAUACAGUGGCAAUUUGCAUACUUGAAUGUGUUAAUAAAAAUGCAGGUAGAGUAACUCAAGUAUAAACAGUUGCAUUCAAUUUUUAGACUUAAGACCUAAAUCAGUGAUAACGUAUUAAAAUAUUAUUGUUUGUAAAUGGAAGCUAUGACUUUAAAUAAACCUUAUCUUUUGCAUCUAC